AUGAGUGGACACGGCUUAGCUUUUCCAGACCUUGAGUCUGCUGCUAUAAAGGAGCAAUAUCCAGACCCGGAUGAUACACGCCUCCUGAAGCGAUUCCAGGCGAACUGGAUCAAGUACAACGAAUACUGGGAUACAGAUACAAAAAGGGAACUACUGGGACUUAUCAGUGGCGGGGAUGUCAAGACGAAUGAAACCAACCGCUCUGGUCCCAGUGGCCACAAGUUCUGGAAGAGAAAGGACGAGUUGACAUGGGCGCUGUGGAUCGCGAUGCGAACACACUACGGGAUCGAGAAAUUGGCAAAGUUGCAGGCUAAAUUAGCUGUACAAUUUCCUCAGAUCGUCGCAAGUUCUUGGGUUUGCCCAGAUCAACAGCUCAAAGGAAUCCAGAUGGCUAAUGCGGAGUCCGACGACGGGCCGUUGUGCAUCAAACCUGAAGAACAUUCCGGGAAACCCCUUCAAGGCUCCCUAGCGACGAGUGAAGGCGGAGAGGUAGAUGAUCUGGAAGCACAAACCCACAUAGACUCGGACUCCCGAAAGCGGGCACACUCAGGUACCCCAGGGGGACCCAAACGAGCUAAAAGAACAGCAGUCCCUUUAGCCAAGAUGCACCCACCCACUCACCACUCGUUGGCCAUUGGUCCCCCCCAAAGAACGCCGCAGCGACGUUCCAUACUGGACAGAAUGGAAGAUGUCCGCAAAGAAAUCGCGGAUAUACCCAAAGACAUGUCUUCUAUGAUCAGUCGUCAAAUCGCAGGGUUUCCAUCCAAUGACACACAUAUCGGAACCCCCCUACCCAUGAAUAACGACAGCCUUCUGCAGAGAAGAGAUCAGGGGGGUAGAGGAGGCCCCCAAGAUGUGUCAGCAGAGAGUAUUGAACUCACCCGAACUGCAGACCGCAGGGCCAAGAUUCGGGAAGUGAUGGACAAAAUCGUAGAGUGUGUCAACGAACUCACAGCUUCGAUAAUGCCAGAGGAAAUGGACGAUCUCAAGCGAUCGGUGGACGAUUUGAGAUCUACCACUGAAACUAAUCGCGAGGAGAUACAAGAAGCAAAGGAAACAACGAGCGAACUACAAAGAAGAGUCGAAGAACAGCAGCAUCAGAUUGAUUCCCAGGGCCUAGUAAUAGGGCAGAUGGAAGAUGCUAUGUUGAGUGUCUGGCAGAAACUUCAUCAGCCCCAGGAGCAAAGUCCGCGGUACUCUCAGUGGCAGGCCACGCCUAGGUAUACGGGUACGGCUCUCCAUUUGAACCGUACCCUUCCCAAUGCCACUGAACAAUAUUCUGUCACCAAUUCCACGGGAGGACGUGCCCCCAUGAUCGCAGGGUCAGGAACAGCACAACCCAAUACCCUUCCCAGAGGGACUCUUGUUUCGCAGGGCGGUUUCGAUCCUACCAGGACUUUGAUAGACCCGGCAUUGCAGCACUAUCCACAAACCCAGCUACUGGGGGACACUCAUCACCCACGACAGGCAAACAGACCUGAGUGA